CAUUGUGUCUCUCUGCUGCCGUGCUGCGCUGUGCCGGGUUAUAUUUGCACAAAGAUAAGCCAGGUAACAUCACAAUCUAGUUUUGAAUACGGUACGUGGGCUUGGUAGGUAGCGAGCUGUUGCGUUGCGUAUACGUACGUAUAGUUGUGGAGAAUCGAUACGGUCCAGGAACACACGAGAGAUGCACAGAUGAUGCUGACUUGUAUACAGAUUAGAGGAACCGUUUGCUUGACUGGUUUAUAAUGGACUAAUCUUGCGAAUUUUACGGGUGUGAUAGUGACACCAAGCUUGUCGAAUACCACCAUUCUACCAUUCAAAAACACACAAAAGAGGAAUUGAACACAUAACUAUGUAGGCACACAUUCCGGAAACUUCGCGAUAGUUGCGUUUAGUGUCUGGCGGAACUCAGUCCAGAUCUUACCUGGCCGUUUGCGCGGGAAGAUCGUUUCGCGAACGUUUUUUUUCUUGUGCGUACUUGUAUGCAAGUUUUUGUGGAAGAAGCUUCGGUUAAAGUUAUAGACUACAGAAGAUGAAGAUGAUCCCAGCAGACCAUGAGCGGAAAAUGAUUUACCGCUAUGGCGGUCAUCCAGCAUACAACAGUGGAAGAUCGGAAUUUUCCUUAGCAUCACCGGAGGAUAACAACAUUGAGUACUCCAGAAAAGGUGGAUGUUUUGUGUCCAUCUGCAGGGGAAUCAGUAUUGCUGUGCUGAUUUUUGUGUUUAUCUUCUUUUUGUCGUUUACCAUAUUUUUCAGCACAAAGUACGCGUAUGAGCAUAAACCAAACAUAACACUGGAAGAUUUCCUCAACCAUCGCGCCUAUCUAAUCGAUAAGCGAUCCCGCAUACCGAAGCACGUCAUUCCAAAGCACUACCGAUUAUUUAUUCAACCCACUUUUAACGAAACUAGCAAACCUUUCACCUACCAAGGAAUCGUUUGGAUAACUGUAACGUCCAAAAAACACAACAACAAGCGGAUAGAGUUAAACGUGAAAAAUCUCAAGAUAAGCUUCGAAGAUGUAACAGUGCUAAAAAGUAUCCGCCUGACGAAUCUUGACUUCGACGAGGAUCUCGAUUGGGCCUUGAGUGAGGAAGACAUACUACCUCGGUUGAGAACGAAACGAGACGCUCAUGCUGAUGGGGAACUCAACGCAGAUAACAGUGGGGAAGUGUUCGAUAGUGAAGUGAACCAAACUGAAGAAAUCCUAGAACCGAAAGUGAAAAAUUCAUCGAUGGUUGAAACAUAUUUUCAUCCGGUGUUUCCGGCGGAUGAUUUCGUGACGAUAAAAAUUUUGGACUUGGAAUUCGACGAAUCGAACGAAAAGAUGAUUAUCUAUCUGGGAACGGAGAUGAAAAAGGACAUUUAUUAUAUAGUGAAGGUGAAUUUUACGGGUGUCAUGACGAAUGAUAAAGGUCUAUAUUCGACGCAUUAUAAGGAUGGAGAAGGAAGCCACAGGUUUAUGGCGGUCACGAUAUUGGAACCAAACAACGCUAGGAAGUUGUACCCUUGCAUGGAUGAUCAUAAUUUUCGUUCACCAUUCGAAAUAAAUAUCGCUAGGAAAAUAAACAUGAAAACCGCUUCGAGCAUGAAUUUAGAAAUGUCCGAACCAAUGGACGAUCGAGAGUACGUAGUAGAUACGUACAACACAACCGGCAUGGUUCGAGCCUCGGAAAUAGGGUUCAUCAUUACCGACAUGUCCCCCGAGCGAUACGAAUUGACGCAAAAGGUGCAUCUGCUUGCCUACACGCGAAAUUCGUACGACAAUUACAUGAAGGAAAUCAUUUCCAUAUUCGCUCGUGUUAUUAACUUCUACGAAAACUACCUGAAAAUGAAUUUUCCUUACCAAAGAAUAACCUAUGUUACGAUUCCGAACACCGACCGGAAUGUGCGCGAGAUAAAGGAAGGAAUGAUUCUGUCCAGCGAAAAACGUUUGAUCAAUGAUCUGUCCUACUUCCCAAGCCCAAAGGGGACGCUGCUUCGAGUGGUUUGCAAUGAGUUGAUCAAACUUUGGAUUCACAAUUUGGCGGAUUAUAAAAAUAAAGAGGUCUAUUGGUUGCACGAGUCAAUUCCGUUGUAUUUGGAAGCGCUCGCGCUUCGGAACUUAACCAGCAAUCCCUACAGCGUGGAUGACUUCCUACUGGAGGGAAAACUACGCGCAAUGCAGGAGGAAAUCAAUACCCGAACUUCUCCGCUGAACGUGAUCACCAACCACUGGGAGGAGGACGCCCAGUUCGAGCUGGUUCGGUUCAAGGGACUCAGCCUGCUGCGGAUGAUGAACUACACCCUGGGGGAGGAAACGUUUAACGCCUUUAUACGCAAGUAUUUCAUCCAACGGAUGAACAAUGAGUCCAUCGAUAUCGUGGAGAUUUUGAACAACAACAAUCGGCACACGGAUGGGACGUUUAAUAAUUUUCUGCUCAGUUGGACUACGUUUGAAAAGUAUCCUAUCAUAAAUAUUAGACGGAACAACUUCAGCGAAAGUUUUGAGCUGUACCAGAAAAUGAUUCCGUUCGAGGAGGAAAUCAGCGAGCAACUGUGGACAAUUCCGGUGACGUUCAUCAACGAUACGAAUAAGCAGCUGUUCGCGGAAAAAGUCCGUUGGUUGACUGAUACUAAUGAGUUGCUGAAGAUUGAAACCAGUUGCGAGCUGAAGACGAAUAAAACGUGGGUUAUUGUGAAUCCUAGUGGAAUAGGAUACUAUAGAGUCAACUACGAGUUAAGCCACUGGAUGAAGCUGGCGUAUGUUUUGGACGAGAAUUUCGAAUCACUUCCGUAUAGCACUCUGACGAUGAUCGUUGAUGAUGCUCUCAAUUUAGCGAGACUUGGUUUAUUGGAUUAUUCAACAGCUUUCAACGUUAUAUCCUUUCUUAAGAAAAAUGACGAAUUGUAUCAGCCGUGGAAAAAUGCCUUGGAAAAUCUAGGCUUCAUUUAUGAUGCGUUGGUAGAUCAUCCAAAUUACGUUUACGUUGAGGAAUUUUUGGAAUACUUGAUAGUACAAAAGUAUGAGAAUUCCUCAUCUAACACCAAUCCCAAAAUAACAUCUUUACUAACGGAAUGGGCUUGCCGUAUGGGGGUCGCCUCUUGCAUAGAAAAUCAAAAGCGUCUAUUUAAAGACGUUUUCCUAACUGAAACGCUAUCCCCCUUCAAACUAGCGGAAAAUGAUCUUUUCCUUUCGGCUUGUACCGUCAUCCGUUACAGUGGAAUCAACGAGUGGAAUCUCCUCAAAAGAAAAUUCCUAGCAUCCGAAGAUCUCAACCUGCAGAAAAUCCUAGUGAGGGCCCUUGGCUGCACGCGUGAGAUAAGCCUAAUCAAAAAGUAUCUGGAUUUGUUCCGGAACCCCCACUUCAACAUGUACAAUUAUCACAUUCUUCACUCUAUAAGCCGCAACAAAAUAGCUCUCAAGUAUACGCUGGAUUACCUGUACAACCAGUGGAUUGAGGUGAAAAAGUACCUCUCGCUGCAGGACAUUUCCAUACUGCUGAGGAAAAUUUCCACCGAAAACGAGUUCACCAUGUACGAGCAGAUCUUUUUCCGCUAUUCUUACACGUUCCAAACGAUGGACAAGGAAAUAUUGAAACGCGUACGAGACACGAUCAUGAAGCUGCUCCGCUGGAAGCGAGAGAUUGGUCCGAAAAUUUACUACCAAAAUUUUAUUGAUAAUUGAGAAUAAAUGCAAACCUGUUGAAUGAAAAA